AUGCAGUCAACCGAGAAAGCCAAGGCAGCUGAUAUGUCAUCAGAAGCAUCCCCAUCGAUUCCGCAAUCAUCGGAUCCAGUCAAUCAAAAGCCGUACACUGUGCGGAUGUCACGAUGUAUAAUGGUGUUGCAUUCAAUGCGAGGUGUUACCUUUGGGCUUUUAGCCGGUAUUUUCCUGGCAUUUUCAGCCUAUUGGAUCGACGUAGUUCAACGGGAAGGAGCGAUGCCCUCAUUUCAGAUAGUAUUCUUAAUGGAUAUCGGAAUGUUUAUUGGCGUCAUUCCGUUUAUAACUUACAAACGACUGAAAAUAACAGGAGACAGUUACACUGAACGAGGGGUGUUAUCGAUCGUUGCCGUUCUCUAUUUCGGGGGGUUUUCCGCAUUUUGUUACGCGUUACUCCUAGGACCCAUGGCAAAUGUUACAGGGAUAUCACGUGGCGGAAUGCCAGUCAUCACGCCACUAUUAGCAUUGAUGAUACUACGAGAAACUCUUCACAUUGUCGAUGGAAUUGUCAUUGCUAUUAAUAUCGCUGGUAUACUGUUAUUGGCGCAACCAGUGGGAAUAUUUGGAGCUGAGGGCCGAACUAAUGAUGUCACAUCUAGCGAGCUAGUCUCUUAUCUGUUAUCUAUAUUUUCCGCAUUCCAGUGGUCUCUUGCGUAUGUGUCAGCAAGAUAUCUAGGUGAACGUACACAUGUCUUGAUAGUUUUGCUUUAUGUUGGUGUAAUUGGUUCUAUUUUAUCAAUUAUUUUGACUCUGACGGUGGAACAUCCGAUAUGGUCAAUGAGUACAAGAAUGGCGUUACAUACAAUUGGACUAGUUAUUACCAACACUUUGGGUGAUGCAUGUCGAUUCCGGGCACUACAGUUGGAAGAGGCGACAACCAUCGUUUUACUAGCAAAUAUCCAACUAUUUGUCGCAUUUUUUCUGCAAACCUUUGUGCUAAAUGAGAUUCCGAAUCAGUUUUCCAUUGCGGGAGCUAGUUUGGUUUUUCUUGGAUCUGCCUUGUGUGCUCUAGCGUCGUGGUGGAGAGACUAUCAACGCGAGAAGGGCGAGAACAAAGCUCUGUUGAACAGCGUCAAUCCCCCAUUUUAUUUUAGUCUGGCGCCAAAACCGAUACCGGUCAUACACACAGUAAAAGUGCCUGUUAACGUAAAAACAAAUGAUGAAUUGGGUGAAAGUAGGAACAAAGACACUCUUGAAUAG